CUCUAUGGCGCAGAUAUAUUGAAGACAGAACCCUGCUAGCAGUUUCUUUUCCACAAACACUGUGCUCCACUACAUUGCAAUUUUGGUUCAUCCUGUGACGAUCUAGCACGCAGCUAUGCUGCAACAAUCUAGUAAUACUAGGUUAUCCACAAGCCACGGCGCGUUCGGCACAGGGCCGGCGCCGCGAGUAUCGCGAUGCUGGACAGUCGCUCGAAGCACGGCUGGCCCUGGGCCACAACCUUUUGAGGUAGCAUCUGAAGAUCGCACGCUGAAUCGGCGCCAGGUGCUGGCGUCGAAGCUGAUGCUGGCUGCGAGCGUGCUUCUACCAUCGGGCCGCUCCAUUGCUGCGGAUGUCGCACCGGCAAUGGUGGAGCCUGGGCAGAUGAAAGAGCUGUCAGAUCCAAUCCUGGCGUACAAAUUCCAGUACCCGGUGUCAACAACCGCCGGCCAGCCGCUCUCCAUGCUGCUGUCGCGCCCGCCGGAGAAGUACAGCAGUGCCGCCCCGCUGACAGCGGAUGCGCGGCAGCGGAUGGUUAGCGAGCUGUUUGACUUCCGGAACCUGGUCACGGUCUCCAUGAACGUGGGGCCGGCGUCGGGGCUGCUCAAGGGCCGGCCCCCCUCCGAGUGGAGCCCCAAGGAGGUGGCGCUGGCUGUACUCAUCGACCGGUCCACCGCGCGCACCACCGCGGGUCAGCGAGUGGCGCUCAACGACGUGCAGGAGGCCCAUGCGGAAGUACGGCAGGAGGGGCUGCAGUACUGGGUGUACGAGCACAUGAGUCAGGGUUCCCCCACCAUCGGCACCCGCACCCGCGAGUCGUACCGCCACUCGCUGGCUGUGACCUCCUGGCGAGCGGGGCUGGAUGGCACUCCCUACCUCUACACACUAAACCUCAGCUGCCCCGAGUCCCUGUGGCCCUCCCUGGAGCCGCUCUUCCGCUCCUCCGUGGCUUCCUUCACGCUGCUGCCGCCCUCGCGCGACUACAUCCCACCCGACAAGGACCCCUGGCUGUUCUUUUAGAGGGCCCCUGGUUGUCGUUAUAAGAAGGGAGGGGAGGGAAAGAGGAGAGGGGAAGAGGAGAAGCGAAAGGGGAGCGGGGAGAGGGAUAUUGCAGCUAGCCAAUACCCCUUGGUUGCAGCCCUUGCGAAUGUGUAUGCGCUGCUGGCUUGUGGGUGUGCUGUGGUUGGGAAUACCGGUAGUGUCAUGAGGAGUGCGUUCUCCCAUUUUUCCGGCGGUUGGGAGGCGAGUCGCUUGGGAGGUGUUGGAAUCUUGGAGAAAAGGGGGUGUUGCAGUGACCAACGGAUAUUCUGGUGAUAGUUUCCUGCUGGUAAUUGCUACGCUCUAGGCAUAGGGCGGUUGCGUGCUUGAGCGAUAUGUAGGUCCAGGGUGGGAGGUGAUGGGUAGGAUACGUACCGUUAGGGGAAGGAAGCCGGGUACGUAUCCUGCUUGCAUUGCGAUCUUGUAGACCACCAGCACUGCCGCUGCUGUGUACGCAGUGCAAAGUGCAGGUGCGGGUACGACAAAGUACAAUGCAGGACACACAAGUGCAGGACGGGGUAGUAGCAGCCUCAGCCACCAAGAAACCAAGAUACAUACGGAGCAAGCUGAUGCAUCACAGCCGAUGACACCGCUGU